UUUGCUUGUGAUACAUGCCAUCAUUGCAUUGGAACCUCUGGAUGUGAAACAGCGGCGUCUUGGGGUAAGACUACGUAGUGAUCGGAAGCGAUCCCAUUCUUUUAUUAUUGGCGGCGCAUUUUGGUUUGUCCACGCCUCACUCAAACUCGUCUUCUCAGCGCCUCCGCAUUCUGUUCACGAACGACAAUACACUUUCAUAUUCUCGCACCAGAGUUCAACUUGGUCAGUCAUUUGCUCUAUAUAGGCCUGCGUUCAUGGCCUACGCCAAAAGAUGAACUCCCUCAACAUCCUCUCGUCCCGCGUCAUCGGCCAGACUACGCCGUCGUCCUCCCGAUCGCCCUCUCGAUCCCGUUCCCGUUCCCACUCCCAAGGCCCCACGCUCUCUGGCAGAAGUGCUCUAGCAGGGAAUAGGUCCUAUAGCGAAGGAAAUUUACAUGAUAUCGGAGCACUUGAAGGGUCAACGGAAGAGGAAAAUAAUAGUAGUGACCAACCUAAUGACGUUGCACCGACCAUGGGAGACGUCGAGGAGAAGGCCCCUUUGUUGCAUGGCCUGCAGAAGGACGGAAAGACAUUACGAGCAAGCGAAUUGCACGCAAUAGCACAGCAGCUAGUUGAAGCCCUUGCGGAAACCUUGUCAUCCAUAUUAUACACUCUUGCAUCACCGGCUAUAUACCUCGUGCGAACUUUUCGCGAUGAUAAUGGCCGGUAUUCCCCUCUUAACCCUGUCCGACGGAUGCGAUUGUCCGGCUCAGAGUCCAGGAAAAACGCAAUGGCGCUCGAAGCUCCAGGAAAAACAACGAGAAGGUCAAGAUCCGGUUCCAUGAGGAGCAACGUUGGUUACAGAAAUCUGAGGACCUCUCCGUCCAGGGAGUCAAUGUCUUCCAUGUCGUCCAACGCCUCCGAGUCCGAUAUCGAUCGAACACCAACCAAGGCGGGCCGCCGGCACUCAAGGUCAAAAUCGGAACAGAUAACCAGCAUUGGAAACGAAGUGACGCCUAGACGUUCAAUUCGAAUCCAGAUACAAAACGGUCGAAAAGGCACAGGAGAUAAGGUGCAUAGAAGGCGAAGUAGCGAAUUAAGGGAUACUGCUACCAACGUUGCCGCUGAAAGCCUAAAGUCGCCGAUAUCUCCUUCAAUCCAUCGACUCACCAAAUAUCCCCACGCUCCCGCUCCACCGCGACCACUGAUUCCACCUCGACAGCCGUCUUACGCGCCCGGCUCAGGAAGGCCUAGAUUCCCUCAGAAGACUUUAAUCCUUGACCUCGACGAAACCCUCAUCCACUCUCUGGCCAAGGGUGGUCGCAUGUCUAGCGGCCACAUGGUUGAAGUGCGGCUCUCCACGCCCAUGACUACAUCCACCGCACCUGGUGGAGCAUCCACUACCCUGGGCCCGCAGCAUCCUAUUCUCUACUAUGUCCACAAACGACCGCACUGCGACGUAUUCCUGCGCAAGGUUUGCAAAUGGUACAAGCUUGUGGUCUUCACAGCGAGCGUGCAAGAAUAUGCCGAUCCAGUGAUCGACUGGCUGGAACAGGAGCGGAAGUUUUUCCAUAGUCGGUACUAUCGGCAGCACUGUACGUUGAGAAACGGGGCGUACAUCAAAGACUUGAGUUCGGUAGAACCAGAUUUGAGUAAGGUCAUGAUCUUGGAUAAUAGUCCAAUGAGCUAUAUAUUCCAUGAAGACAAUGCCAUCCCGAUUGAAGGAUGGAUUAAUGAUCCGACGGACAAUGACUUGCUACAUCUCAUUCCAUUGCUGGAAGCAAUGCAGUAUGUGACCGAUGUACGAGCAUUGCUUGCCCUUCGACGUGGUGAAGCUAUGACAUAG